GGACCCUGAGACAACACGUCCCACGCCAGAGCCAGACAGCCAGGGAACUUUGAUUUGACGCCAAGUAGCCCGCCGUGAGCAUGACGAUGACGAGAAAUAACCACGUUUCUUCUCCCGGGGAGGCUUAGACAUGUCGGGCGCGUGCAACAUAUGAUGUCCUCGGACUCGUGCGCUCCGUGAAGAUUUAUUUACAGUAUCUGUGAUUUCGCUCCUCGAUUCGCUGAUGGUGCCGCUUCGUCGUGCCUGCACUGAGGUCAGCCGAAUGCAUUUGAAGGCAGUCUGAGCGCAUUGUUUCCAGCUCCGUUGCGUAUGGGAUUUCCAGCCGUGAUGUCUGCAAUAUUUCGCUCUUUGUUUCUGGUUCUAUUCAGCCUGCUGUCGGUGGGUGCCCAGACGGAGAUGAAGAAGGUUGUUGGGGACAAUGCCACCUUACCAUGCCACCACCAGUUCCCGUCAUCCAGCUCUCUUGACAUCGAGUGGCUGCUGCAGAAACCAAACUCCAAGCAGAAAGUGAUCAUUACCUUCUUCGGGGGCCAGGUGUACACAAAUGAGGCGACAGGAAGUGAGGCCAGUCGUCUGUCCUUUGCCGGGGAGUACCUGGGUGGAGACGCCUCCCUGCUGAUCAGCGACCUGCUGCUGACCGACUCCGGGGAAUACUACUGCAAAGUCAAGACUGGGGGAAAGUACCACUGGAGCCAGGUCAACCUCAUUGUGCUGGUCAAACCCUCCAAGCCGAGGUGCUGGAUGGACGGCAAACUCCUGGAGGGCAGCGAUGUCAAGCUGAGCUGCAAGUCCAGCGACGGUUCUGAUCCCAUCAACUACAAGUGGGAGCGAGUGCUGGACAAAGGCAAGAGUCUGGGCAAGCUGCCAAACCUGGCACUGAUAGAUCUCAAGAACCCAGAGAUUGUGACCCUGAGGAAUCUCACCAUGGACAGCACAGGUGUCUACAGGUGCACGGCGAGCAAUGACGUGGGAGAGGAAAACUGCACCAUUGAGGUCACAAUGCAGCAUGUGAGGGAUGUAGGUAUGGUAGCAGGUGCAGUGGUGGGAAUAUCCCUCGGUGUCCUCAUUGUCAUAUUAAUCAUCUGGCUCGUCUUCCGGAAGAAAGAGAAGAAGAAGUACGAGGAGGAGGAGACUCCGAAUGAGAUCAGGGAGGAUGCAGAGGCUCCCAAGGCCAAGCUAGUGAAGCCCAACUCCUUGUCCUCGUCUCGUUCCGGCAGCUCUCGCUCCGGCGCCUCCUCCACCCAGUCCAUGGUGCACAACAGCGCCCAGCGUGGUCACCGCCCCCGCCCACCUGCCGUUGCAGCUCUCAAGGAAAAUGGACAGCCUCCAGGCUUCCCCCAGUCCCCUCCAGCCUACACUACAGUGGUGCCACCCAAGACCCCCGAGCCCCCUGCCACUCCUAAAUUCAACUCCAGGAACAUCUCUGGGCCCACACCCCCGACCCUCAUGGUCCCCGCCCAGACCAAGGCCUUUCAGACUGUGUAGGACUGAAAGCCAACCCCUUCCUGCAGCCAUGUGAGACUCCCUUCCCAGCCCAAGACCCCCAGCCCCCUCUCAAAGACUAAGACUCUUCCAUAAGCAAAGAAAUGCAACUAGUUAAAGGAUGUAAUUAAAAGAAUCAAUACUAUAAGUCCAAAAGUACUUUUAAUGAAUGCAUACUUAAAAGGGAAAAUAAGACAUGCUUGCCCCCUACUGAAUUACAUAAAACAACAAAACAAAAGAAAAAACAAGACCCGAGAUGCAACACUGUUUGUGUCUCAUGGCUGAAGGCAGAACUUGUUUUCUGAGUUCCUUCUUUUGGCUUUGGAAGGCACAGGGAAGCACCGUGUGCAGCGAGGUGGAAGGAGCCCCCUAGUAGAGCUUUUAUUUAUUUAUCAAAUCAAAGGGUUAGGCAUGCAGCGGGGAAAAAGAGGAGGUAAAAAGGGAAAAAGUAAAGGCUGGAUAAUAAAGUAGAUACAAACUCCAAGCAGGGUACACCAAUGGAGUCAUACUGCUGUUGAGCUUUGGUUGUCGACAAAUAGUGCGAGAGUGUAAGACAGCUACAGACUUGUUUUUUUUUUUUUUUUUAAUCUGGCAGGAAGGAGGGGUUGGUGAUUCUCUGAUUCAUGUCACCCUGUACCUCCAACCCGCUGCUCCUAGCACCUGCUCCGAAACCACAAACCCCUUUGCCUCCCAUGGGGCCGGGCCGAAUGUGCCCAUCCAUGUGGACAGACACAGUGCGAGGCGUGCGCAUCAUCUGCCUCAGUGCUCUCGGUCUUUCGUGCUCUCAUAGCGGACCCGCGAGAAACCACAGCGGUCCCGAGACUGACUCAGCUGGCUCGUGAACAGCUCAUCUGCUUUACCGAUCAGCCGGGGAAACUUCAGGUACAAGGAUGUAGCAUUGACGGUGGAGUCACAUCUGCGGAGUUGUUGCCCCCCUCCCACAUCCUGUCUACAUCUAUGGACAUCCUUUUUCUGGUACUGAAUAUCUUCCCUGAAUAAUUAAAUAGUAUGUAUUAGGCCUAUAGCGAGUCAAUACUUUAAAUAUAGGGGAUAAGCAUCUAUUAGACCAGCUGGAGUUGUUUUUCUUUCAUUUUCUUUUUGUUCUCCUGUGUCUCUUCUCUGUGAACAGGUUGUAAAGGGUGACAGACAGCUAUUUGUCCAUUCAUCCAUAUUAAGAAGUGCCACCAAUCCCUCGGAUGGGUUAUUAUUGUUGCUUUUUUUUACUCUUUUGUUUACCUGCUACAUUUCUGAACUGAAACCAAAAUCUGUCACCAUGAAUGUGUGAUGUACAAAGAUGGUGGAUCCCAUUAUUUUCGGCUUCCUGUGAGGUGCUGAAUCAAUAUUGGAGCUAAGGCACAAAGGAUUGACCUUGACGUUCAAUUUUACAAUUACUAUGUCUGAAUGAAGGGAGCGAGGAGUAUGAUUCUGUAGACUUAAAUUGUAUAGCGUGUGUAUGGUAUCAUUGUCGGUUCUCUCUCCGGAUCCAUACCAAUGGAGUGGCACUCGAUUGCUGUCUCACUGAAUCAGCGGGUCCUGCUUGGUUAUUGGUCGAGCUGUGCUAGCCAAUCCGCAGUUGUCACAUCCUCAGACAGACCCAGUGCAGUUUGAUUGAAAGUAUCAGAAAAAAAGGGCAAGUAGCCUAUCUAGUGUGCCUUUGCAAUCCCUCUUCCCUUUGAUGGUUUCUUUCUUUGUCCUUAUCUUCAGCACACCAGUGGUUAAGUCUCUGUUCACAUCCAGCUUUGAGGGUCAACAGUAGCAAAUGCUGUGAGAUACGACUUCACAAACUUGCCCUAGUAAUAACAGAUGCAGCCUAGGAAGCACCAAGCAGAGCGAAUUAUCCAUGGUGAGAAAGCAAUCCCAUGCCAUGGGACAAUGUACUGUACAUUCUGUAAUCAGUCUUGUUUUAUAUUGUACAUACAGAUAGAUAUACGCACAUGAUGUCAUUUAAUUUAAUAAAUAAGGGUAUGUGAGGGGAGAUAUACCCCUUACGAAAGAGUCAAAUGGGACCCAAAAGUGAAUUUAAACCCUGUGAUUUUUGUCCACAUGUUGUGUGAACAAGUGAAGCCCCCUAUUCUGACAUUUUUACCUGAGCUCAAGUAUUCACCCGACACAAAUAUGCAAUGGUCCACAUCUAAGUUCAAAGCAAGCUAUCUUCAGGACUACUGGCCAGACGCUCAUGAAAUGUAUGGAUUUUAUUGAUCCCCUGAGAAUAAUUUCUUGUGAUUUUAGCGACCCCAUGACCUUCCCCUAAGCACCACUACUGGUCAGGAAUUGGGUAUUGACAAGUUAUCCUGAAAAGUAAUUGCAUAAUGUCCAUAAAAUGCUGCUGCCGUGACUAUUUAUAGUCAGCACAUAAUGAAUAUUUUUCUUGAACGCUGACCCUUAAUCUGGCGCACCAUCCAGCUAAAAUUUCCACUUGUGCAUAAGAUAGAUCAAACUCCAAUGGCAGAUUGCCAUGAAAUUUUGUGAGCAUGUUUAUUUUAUCGAAGGAAACAAGCGGUUUCUAUUUUGGUGACUCCAUGGCCUUUACUCUCAGGGCAUACUUAUCAGUUUAAGAUCCACUACUGGUGGUACUGGAAGAGCAAAUUAUCAGUAUGUCCAACAGGGUAGUGUAAUUGCUUGUGAUGAAUAUUGCUAUUCUCUGUGGGCCUGUAGCAGAGCUUCAGUCUUGCUUCACUUGUAAAUCUAAAUUCUCUCUCCCUCUUUUAAGACAAAGAAAUUCAACCCCAAAAGUUUCGAACCAACAUCUGUCUGAAAAGCACAUGUGGUUUGACUUCACAUGCAGGGUUUCACGUGUGACUUAACCUUAAUGGAAGAUGCUAAAAAAAAUGCCUUUUAUAUUCAACUAGACACAGCAGUUCAUAUUUGAGCAGGGAAGCUACUGUGUGUGUGUGCGAGCGUGCGUGUGUGUCUGUGCGUUUGGCGUGCAUGCGUGCAUGUGAAUGUGUGCGAGUGUGUAUGUGUGGGUGUGUGCAUGUAAAUUCAGUAUAAGCCCUUGGGCCACACCCACACAUUCUCAUGUUAGCCAUUCAAUGAAUGAGAAGGAUCCAGUCGGGCAAAGUAACCUCUAUCCAAAUUGAUAUGACUGCAGACUGGCAGUGUUUAUUUAAGUUUUCACUGACUUGUAUGCCUAAUGCACUUGGCUUCACAGACAGCAGUCAUGUUUUUGCUUGUGGGGGUUGUGUCUCGAGACAAAGCACGUCCAUAAUUCAUAAAUAUUUUCAGCUCUGGAGGCCACUUGUACGCUCCCUCCCUGCUCUUGCUGUCUCUUAACACAGAAUGCACUUGGCCCUGGGUGUACUGAUGGCAUCUCAAGGCACACACACGCAAACACACACACACACACACACACAAUGCAAACAGGUAAAAGUUGUAUAUACACACACACACAUAACAACAGGUCCACGUGGCACAUUCAGGUCCACACGGAAACACAGGUGUGUGCUUCAUGCACAGUCACAGUUGCACAUGCGCACACACAGACACACACACAGUUUGCACAAAAGCCCAAGCAGCCAUCCUUGUUAUUUCUCCUCCUUCAGAAUCAAUUUGAUGGAUCGAAUGUCUCGAGGAAUUACGACUGACUGAUGGAACCAGGAUACUAAAUGCAGCACAGAGAGGGACAGUCUACACUGCAUCUCCCAGAGGAUAUCCACACACACACACACACAUAGAAGUACAAAACAGCUACUGUAACAACACACAGGCACACGUGCACACAAACACACAUGCCCUCGGAAAGACAGACACCGCUAUGCAUUUUAACAAUCUGGAUGGCAUAUGCUUCAAGACUUUUUUUCACGGGAAUCUGCGAGAGUAGUAUUGGGAAUCAGGAGACGUAUAGCGGGACUGAUACUGAGCCAGGGCUGUAGGCUCUUGCCAUUGAAAUUCCCUCCACCACAGAUGAAAGUAGCGGUGGGGGUGGAGGAUGGGACGCAAGUCUUCCAGCUGUUAAAUUCCUCCAAGCUUUUUUGAUUUGCUUUCCAGCAACUGCAAGUCUCAGGUGGCAGAUUCCCCAGUUUAUGAGCCCUCGCGUUGCAUCUCUCCUCUCAUGUGUGCAGCUUUGUGGCCUGACAAACUUGCGCUCUUUCCAACAAAUGGAUUUUAAGGAGCUUUUGUCAGUUCAGUGGAGAGUGGAGGAGGAAAGUCUUAACCCACCUCAGAGUGUUAACAGCACAUCCAGCACCAUUCUUUAAAACAGUAUCCAUCAGCACUAUAUAUUGUCUUAUUAUCAACACUCAAAGGUGCAGUAAACAUGAAAUCAGUCAUGGUUGUUAUAUGAUACGAGUAUGAAUCUCAUGUAGCCACAAUGUUUUAUGUUCUAUUAAGCAGUUUUGUUUCUGAUUAAAGCUGUUGAGCAGGUGGAGGCGAUGCUCAGACUUUGCGGUUUGGCCUUGUGUGUCAGUAUAAGGGAAUGUGAUAUAUUGCUACUUUUGAGAAAGGAGAUGGACGGGGCUGUAGUCAACCUCAAGAAGGGAAGCAAAGGUACCUGCAUGUCAUAGCAGAUUGAGCAGACGAACGGGAAUGCUUUGCUUUGAUGUAACAUAACUGUAUUCAGCUAAAAAUAGUAAAAAAAAAAAAAAAAAACUAAAAAAAAAUCUGCAAUUGUAAAUAUAUUCACAGAAAAUUUUAUGAAGCUUUAUUUUUGUCUUCUUCUUUAUUUACAAUUUAUCAUCCAUGUACUUUGCACUUUUUUGUGUGCUGUGCUCAUCACCAGCCUGCGUGGGAUCUGUGUGGUUGGCUGUUUCUCUUGACUGCAUUGUUUCGAUGUCAGGGGGAGACACGCUCAGCGCGGCGUCACUAAAGGGAAAUGUAAGACACGUUUGUUUUGUUUAAUCUCAUCCGUUCUCUCUGCCGUGGCUUCUCUUUGGUUUUGUAUAACAGUACAGAAUUUUUUUGUCCGUUCGUUUGAUGAAAACAAUCCAUGUAAAUAUCACAAGUAAAAAAAUGUAUAUUUUUACGACUUCUGAGUUAUUACUCUUUCAUUUGCAAAUAAAAUAUUCAA